AUGCUGGACGUGUCGUGCGGACCGGGGCUGAUACUCGACCUCUUGGCGCGCCAUUCGGCGCGCUCGGGGAAGUGGGAGCGCGUGGUUGGUUUAGAUUUUUCUCGAGAGAUGGUGACACUGGCGCGCGAGGCGUGCGGCGAGCGCGCGACGGUGGUGGUGGCGGACGCGUGCGAUUUGCCGUUCGCCGAUGGCGCAUUCGACGUCUUGCAUUCGAGCGCGGGGGCGCAUUGUUGGGGCGAUUUGAACAGCCGUGGCGUUCCCGAGUCGGCUUUUCGCGAAAUGUAUCGAGUUUUAAAACCGACGGGGGAGAUACUGGUAUCGACUGUCGUCCUGCUGAAGCCGACGACGGUUGAGGAGGAGUACUCGCGAACGCCGAACACGCCAUUUUUCGACGAACGCGCGGUGUGCCGGAUGAUUCAAGACGCUGGGUUUCGCGAUGUUGAAGUUAUAGCAAAGGAUAAGUGUUUCGUGGCCGUCAAGGCUGUUAAGUGA